AUCGCAGUCAGAAUUGUCCUAAAUCGUAAUACUAACAAAGGAUUCAAUCAAUUACCCAAUUCAAAUUAUAGAAAUGGGAACUUCGAUUUCGUGGGACCUAAAGAAGUAAAUGCAAACUAGAAGCGGGAUUGAUAAGCAACGGUUUUAGGUCGAGCAACACAUGUUGAAGUUGCGGCAGACAACGAUUCUAAAACCCCAGUUCUUACAGCCUCCAUUUCUGAAUCGACGACAUCACCUCUGCUGUCCCUUUAGGUUUUCCGAAGGAAAGAAGGUUUACAUGUUAAUGGCACGAGAAAAUCCUCUUCACAUGAUUGCUCAAUGGCCUUCCUGAUGAAAUCCUGCCUCUUGAUGUCUUUUAGUUGUCAUGAUCCGACAGUAUCGUCUGAACUUCAUGGUUGAUGUAUAGAUGUGGAAAUGACCGUUUCUUUUUGUCAGGAUUGGGAAAACUUAUGUCUUUCUGUAUGUAGAUGCCGAUAUUUCGUAAGAUUGAGUAUCUGGAUUGCAAAUUCUCUCUGAGUGCUUCUCUGAAUACGGUAUUCUUCUGGGACUGGUGACGAUGGGUGGAUUAUCAAUACAGAAUUCUUCUUCCAUCGUCUCUCUGCAAUCACAGAAAGAUCAACAAGGGUCCACUGCUGUGACAUCUGCCCCUGAUUCAAAGCCCAAGAAGAAGAUCUGUUGUGCUUGCCCUGACACCAAGAAGUUGAGGGAUGAGUGCAUUGUGGAGCACGGCGAAUCCGCUUGUGAGAAAUGGAUCGAAGCUCACCGGAAAUUUCUUCGUGCAGAAGGCUUCAAUGUUUGAAAUCAGUUUGUUACUUUUCUAGUCGUUUUUGAUGGUUGGGAACAAUGUAAUUUUGGAUAUAACCUAAGUUUUCAGGGAUGUUUCUUCUGCGGAAGCUAGUCUUAUUACAGAUUAGAAAUAAACAAGGUAGUUCUUGUUUCCAAUAUAUCAUUCUUUGCAGACAGUCUAUAGUUCUGCAGGUUGUGCCAUCAUUUCUUUCUCAUUGAG